GUCAGCCAGCCAGCCAGUCAGUACUGCACACUGCCAUCGCUCUCCUCACGCUGCUAGAGGCGCGUGAGCAGGAGUAACUGCCAUCGCUCUGUGCCCAGCCGCGCGUCUCGUCCCUUCGCUCGCUGCUGCUAGCUCGAUCGUCGGCCGGAGCCAUGGGCGGUGGUGGCGCGGCGGCCGUGGCGGCGGCGCUGGUGGUGGUGGUGCUGUGGGCGGGCGUGGCGUCGGCGGCCGUGUACGAGGUGGGCGACAAGACCGGGUGGACCAUCAUGGGCAACCCCGACUAUGCCGCCUGGGCCAACUCCAAGAAGUUCCACCUCGGCGACACUGUUGUGUUCACGUACAACAAGCAGUUCCACAACGUGCUGGCAGUGAGCAAGGCGGACUACAAGAACUGCGACGCCACCAAACCGACGGCCACCUGGUCCACGGGCAACGACUCCGUCGUCCUCAACACCACGGGCCACCACUACUUCCUCUGCGGCUUCACGGGCCACUGCGCCGCCGGCCAGAAGGUGGACAUCCGCGUCGCCGCCUCCUCUGCUGCCCCUUCCGCGUCCCCCACCGCCGCACCGUCCCCGACCCCCUCCGGCUCCAAGCCCUCCGGCGGCGCCACGGCCGCGCCGUCGCCGCACCCCAACGCCGCGCCGAAGGCCCUCUCCGCCAGCUCCCUGGCAGCGACCGUCGCCGCGUCCCUGCUCUCUCUAGCCGCGGCCGUGCUUGCAUGAUCAGGGUCAUGUGGUGUCUGUCGGCUAGGGGACGUUGCCUUUGUGAAUUGUGAGGGACCGUACCGUGUCUGUGGCCGUAUGAGCAUUUAGCACCUGGAUCUGUGCUUGUUUUCCCUUUUUUUUUCCCCCGCCUGGUUUCAUGCACUGCUCUGAUUCUGUGGAUCCUGGUAUGCCAUGGGGAUUUCUGCCGGUUGUUAAUUAAUUUCCUCAUGUUUUGGGCUGUUUAUAUUCGUCUGAAAUUCGGUGUGUUUUACGCUGA